GGCCCUCGCGCGCGAGGCCCCUCCCCCCAGCUGGUUGAAGUCACGUGACGAGGCUGACACGUGUCGCCUGUGCGCCGCGUUCCACGCCGCUACCUGCUGACAACGUAGCUCGAGUGAGGAGGAGGCGCCAUGAGUUUGCUGACUUUGCUGCUGCUGAGCGCCUCUGCGCUGCUGAUGCUUCCCACGCCGGGGGCUGCCAAGAAGGACUACGGUCUAUACUGUGGAGCUUGCCGAGCGCUGGUGGACGAGGUGACGUGGGAGGUAAGCCAGGUGGACCCCAAGAAAACCAUCCAGGUGGGCUCCUUCCGCAUCAACCCCGACGGAACCCAGGACACGACCGAGGUACCUUUUGCCCGCUCGGAAGCCCACCUGCUGGAGGUGCUGGAGGGCGUGUGCCAGCGCGUGGGCGACUACGCCGAGGUGGACGCCGGCUCGGGGAGGCCGCGCUCGUUCGUGCGCACGACCGCCCGUCCCGGCGAGAAGCUCGACCUGAGCAACGUCACCAUCAGCGGCGACGUGGGCACCAUGCUCAAGUUCGCUUGCGAGAACAUUGUGGAGGAGUUUGAGGACGACAUCAUCUCGCUCUUCGUUCACGAGACAGAGCACGUCGCCGACAAACUGUGCAGCAAAAAAUCCGAUUACUGCGAGCACACUUUGCACGUGCCGCACGACGAACUCUGAAGUGGGGGGGGGGGGGCUUCUCCAGUAAAUGACACGGACACGAGAAUAUGCGGACGACACACAGAUGACACACGGACGACAAGUAGACACAGCGGACGACACGUGGACACGCAGAUGACAUGCUGACGACACGCAGAUGACACACGAAUGACGCGUGAAUACGCAGACAACACGCGGACGAAACGCGGACGACAUGCGGAUGACACGCGGAGGACAUGCGGUUGACACGCGGACGACACACGGAUAACAUAAGCACCGGCCUCUUAACCAGCAAGCGAUGAUACCGGCACGGAGCGGACAUCUCGUCGCACGGAUCACAACGGUUGCGCAGCAGCGACUCGGCGCUGCCGUGAACCGCCACGCAGUUCGAGGGAGGAACGGCACGGCUCGUUGCACGUGGAGAUUUUCCAGGAGAUACUUUUCCUCGAUUUUCUUUUUGGGGAACAAAAUCGGUCACAUUUAGCGUCUACGGGGAUUUGUGCCGUAACCGUCGUAUAUGCUUCUUGCUUUGCCCAUCUCUCUAGCUCCCACCAAAUCUGUUGUUGGCGGCCCCCGGGAUGAGUUUGUCGAAAUUCCACAUUUCUAAUGCAGGGGCCAAUCUCGACAUUAUGACCACUAUUGGCCACCCACAAAGUGGCAGUGAUUAUAUACAAUGCUCCCCUGAGGAAUGAUGCCUUUUGAGAGCGAAGUAAUCUGCUGACUGGGAUUUAAAUUGUCAGUUGAGCACUCUAAUACCCUCUUUUUCACCCGUGCUGAGCCAGUGAGGGGCCAUAAUAGCACGGGUGGUUUUCCAUUGGCCACUGGCCAUGCCGAGUGGGAACCAAAGCGUGCGUCUCAUUUACCUCCGUCACACCCCAACUCGCUGGCUCCAGCCAUCCAGGGUAAACGCCAUUAGAAGUGGUACGGACUUGCAAUUCCUGCCUUCAAUUUGUGCUCGAUUAUUUUUUUGAAAAAGAUUUGAGAGCAGCACCCGAUUUUGCUCGACGUUCACUUGACGUGGAUUUCGGAAGCCGCCGGCGACUGUAGCCUUUGGUUUUUUGUUGACGGCGCCGAUGAUGACGCGGACUGGCAGCGCGCUCCCGUCCUGCGGGCAGCCUCCCGUUGUUACGGUGACGCCGCAGUGGCGAGAUGUUAACGUUCUCGCCUGCUACACAGGAGGUCGUGGGUUCGAUCGCGACCCCGACGCCCGCUGUAUAUUUGGAGUUUGCGUGUCUCUCCCCGUGGUCUUGUGGGUUUUUCUCCGGCCCCUACAGUUUUUCCCUCCACAUCAAAAAUCAACGUGCGUUUGUUUAGAUUUUAUAAAUUUACACAUGAUCGUAAGCCACUUCAUUUGGGCUAUUAUUUGUGGCCAGGUCACUUCUGAAAAAGAGCUAUAGAGCUCAGUGGGCCUUAUCUGCUAAAAUAAUAAAAAAAAUAGUUGAGUCACCUGGCGCUGAUGCCAAGCAUCCCUCAUGCUAAAAAACUCAUCGACAAGUUCACUGAAUUGGGAUUAGACGUGGCAACAUCUUCACCCUCCUGCCCCCCCCCACCCCUGCAAGAACUUGGCAGGACCCUCCUGAAAGAGACUCCGUUCGUCCCGACAACCGAUGUGAUUUGCGUAGAGCGUGCAAUGACGCACCCAGCCGAUGUCACCUCUAUCUCGGUGGGGUAUCUGUAAUUGGAUAUCCCUCUUUUUUUUAAACAAAUGGAAGCAAACGUAAUCCUUUGCGCGCGAGAUUCGAGAUUCAAGAUUGAGAAUUGGCGUCGAUAAAAAUGAGCAACGGCAUUGUUGAACCUUUGCAGAGUCGUGCGAAUGGAGCACUCGAGUUAAGCUUGGUUUAUGGCCAAAUCGAAACCGAAUUAAAGUUGCCAGGGGUUUCCAUUGCCUCGCACGCAGUGUCCCCAGAAUCAUUCAGAAUCCUUUAUACUGGAGGAAUCCGAUGAGCUUUAAUGCUCUUUUCCACGUCGCAGUAGGGGCGGGUCAGAACGCUACAAUACAAUACGCACGUAUCGCUUGUCCUUUAAUCGCUGACCUGUCGUUUGACCAUACUUCACCGCCGGUGAGUUAGUACGGGUUGGUGAUGUUGGAGGGUAGAAGGGUAGGGAGGGAGCGCUAAUGAGAGCCGUGACCGGAGAAUUCACCUCGAGCCGCUGGGGGAGUCACCACUUGCACCACCGCUGCUCGUAUGUUGAACUUCUUUCGCACGGUACGUAGCCAACCGUGCUAACCGGUUGGCUACGUACGCUUAACACCACCACUUGCUGUGCGUACGGUUAAUGUAAAGAGCAACAACGGCACUGCCACUGCGUUAACCCAGGGCAGCUGUGAAUGACGGAAUCCUGAACCUUGGAGGGAACUCCACAGCGACAUCGCAAUGGCUCAAGGUGCCUCGCCCACUGUGUCAAUCCGCUACUGGAUGAGCGCUGCCAUUAGGUUAUGGAAUUGAAUUGCUGUCAAAUCCCAGUGCCAUGGGUUGCCUUUUCUCCAGACGACUGCUCUAGCUGGUUUCAUUGCAAUUUGAUAUUUUUAAUAAGAAAAUAAUAAAAAUGUGUCAGGUGACAA